GCCGCACAGCGCGGGUCCUGCGCUCCGCCCCGGCCGGGCCGCGGGGGCGCUCCGAGUCCCGCCCGCACGGCGCGCACACACACACACACAGAGGGACACACGGACGUACACCCAGACACACGGACACACACAGGGGGACACAGACAAGGACACGGGUACGCGGAAGUGUACCCCGCGCCGCAAACAUGGCGCUGGUGCCGUGCCAGGUGCUGCGUGCCGCCAUCCUCCUAUCCUAUUGCUCCAUCCUGUGCAAUUACAAGGCCAUUGACAUGCCCGCGCAUCAGACCUAUGGAGGCAGCUGGAAAUUUCUGACCUUCAUAGACCUGGUUAUCCAGGCUGUCUUCUUUGGGAUUUGUGUCUUGACCGACUUGUCCAGUCUUCUCACUAGAGGAAAUGACAGUCAAGAACAAGAGAGGCAGCUGAGAAAACUCAUUUCCCUCCGUGACUGGAUGAUGGCUGUUCUAGCUUUCCCAGUUGGAGUGUUUGUCGUGACGAUGUUUUGGAGCAUCUAUAUCUAUGACAGGGAACUGGUUUACCCAAAGCUACUUGAUAAUUUUAUACCAGCAUGGCUAAAUCAUGGAAUGCACACAACAGUUUUGCCCUUUGUAUUAAUCGAGAUGAGAACAACACAUCAUCAGUAUCCCAGCAGGAGCUGUGGACUGGCUGCAGUGUGCACCUUCGCUGUUGGCUAUAUUUUAUGGGUGUGCUGGAUUCACCAUGUUACAGGAGUGUGGGUGUACCCGCUUCUUGAGCAUCUCAGCCCAGGUGUCAAAAUAAUCUUUUUUGCAGCUGUAACCAUAAUUAUUAAUAUAUUCUACUUGGUGGGAGAGGUCCUGAACAACUACAUCUGGGAUACACAAAAAUGUAUCGAAGAAGGAAAAGAAAAGCCGAAAUUGGAGUGAACAACAAGAGGCAACAUAAAAGAUUGUUUAUGGCUCCAUGGAAGAUUUCUCAUCCCCAACAGAGGUCGCCAUGGAGAGGAAUCUUUGGAAAGGAGGAAGUUUAAUGGGCUCUCUGUUCAGUGCAAGGAUAUUUUUGGAUUUUAUAUGGAGGGAAAAUGAUUUUAGCUAAAAAUAAUAAUAUCAUUUCAACGUUCAUUCCUAUUUCUCCAUGCUUGCAUGUGACAUACACAUAUAAGAUGUAUAUUUAUCUCCAUGGCAUUCUCAAUGUGCAUUUCUUGAAUCAAAUAAGUCAUUAAAUCAUUAAGUCAUAGAUCACUUCUGCCAAGAAGAACGAGUACAUUCUCUGUAUUGUUUGAGAAAAGCUUAACCAGAUAGGUCUAAUGCAGGGAAACAAAACAAUUCUAUAUAUUUCAAAGUACAGCAUACAAGCUAAUUGCAUGAAUGUAUCUAAAGAACAGUUCGGUUUGACUGAAAUAUCGAUGUAACACUAUGUAACAGCUGCCUUAAAUUUGUGAUGUUAAUAAUUUUAUCAGUCUAGUAAAAUCUUAUUUGCAGUGUUAGAAUAUCUUCUUAAAUAGGCCUAAAUAAAGAACAAAUUAUCCUUGCA